AUGGAAACAGGUCUAGGAGAUAAUUACAGUGCGGAGGACCACGAGUUGCAUGAAGAGCGCAAAUGUGGGUUGACAUUCUUGCAAAAAUUUAGAGAUUUCAUUUUGUGGGUCGUCUUCAAGUUCACCACAAAGGAGGGUCUGCUGGGUGACUAUAACUACAGGUACCUGUUCACACCAUCGUACCCUUUCAGAAACUGGAUCAACAAGAAAAGGGGUAUCGAGUUACCCAAGGUUGAUCAACCAUUUUUCUCGUUGAAUGAGGACGUUCCGGUAGUUUUGGGAUUUCUACUGGGUUUACAGCAUGCCUUGUCGAUGUUGGCGGGUGUGAUAACACCACCUAUGAUCAUUUCGGGCAUUGCGAAUUUUGAUGAGCUGAAGACGCAAUAUCUAGUGUCCGCUUCAUUGAUUAGUUCGGGUAUUCUUUCGUCUGUGCAGAUCACACGGUUCAAAAUCCCGUUCACCUCUUAUUAUAUCGGUUCUGGUUUGUUAUCUGUUGUUGGUACUUCUUUUGCUGUCAUUGGUAUUGUGUCGAAAUCGAUACCGGUGAUGUAUACGAGUGGGUUUUGUCCUACUAGCAGUGAUGGCACUAGACUUCCAUGCGAAGAUGGUUACGGUGCAAUCUUAGGUACAGCAUGCUGUUGCGCAUUGUUGGAAAUAUUGCUAUCUUUUACACCACCAAAGAUUCUGCAGAAAGUGUUCCCUAAGAUCGUUACUGGCCCAGUUGUCCUUUGUAUUGCAGUUCCAUUGAUUCAAAGUGGAUUUAACGAUUGGGUUGGCGGUAGUGGUUGUGUUGGAGCAAUAUGUCCAUUUGAAGGUGGUCCUCAAGCAGCUCCAUGGGGAUCAGCUAAAUUUAUUGGCUUGGGUUUCCUCGUUUUUUUCACUAUUAUUAUUUGCGAAAAAUAUGGUCCACCAAUUAUGAAAUCUUGUGCAGUUAUUGUGGGAUUAAUCGUUGGUUGUAUCGUUGCAGCAGCAGCGGGUUAUUUCACUCCUUCAACUAUAAGAAUUGCACCUGCUGUAACAUUUUUCUGGGUGCAUACUUUUAAAUUGAGAGUGUAUGGCCCAGCAGUUCUGCCAACUUUGGUUAUGUUUGUUGUUUUGGCUCAGGAAGCAAUUGGUGAUAUUACUGCAACAAGCGAUGUCUCCAGAUUAGAAGUUGAAGGAUCACUUUACGAGUCGAGAAUCCAGGGUGGUAUUCUAUCAGAUGGUUUGAGUGGUAUCCUUUCACCAUUAUUCACUGUGACACCGAUGUCAACAUUUGCUCAAAAUAAUGGUGUUAUUUCUUUGACGAAAUGUGCAAGUAGACAAGUUGGUUAUUGGUGUUGCUUUUUCAUGAUUGUUAUGGGUAUUUUUGCAAAGUUCGGUGCUGCAUUGGUCAGUAUUCCCAAGCCGGUACUUGGUGGUAUGACAACAUUCUUAUUUACUACAGUUGCAGUUGCAGGUUUGAAAAUCAUUUCAACUAUACCAUUCACAAGAAGAGACAGAUUUGUGUUGACCGGUUGCUUAUUACCUGGUUUUGGUGCAAUUUUAGUACCAAAUUGGUUCGAUUACGUUUUCACAUACACUGGUGACAACCAUGCUUUAUCUGGUUUUUACGAUGCCAUUAUCCUUGUUAUGGAAUCCAGUUUUACCAUCUGUGGUAUCUUUGCCAUUAUCUUAAACCUGGCUAUCCCACAAGAAUUGGAUGAAGAACUCAUCGAUGAUAUCGAGCUUCAACAGGAAAAUCUAAGUGUUUUGGAUGGUCAAAGAUCACCAAAAAUCAGCACUGUGCUAUCGAAUAAAGCAAGGGAAGCGAAGGGAUUGUCCUCUGGAAAUGAUACUAUUGGUAAUUACGAAAUGAAAAAUAAUGCCAACAUCGACUUAUCAACUUCUUACUCUUCAUAA